AUGCUGCUUGGUAGGAGGGUGUGUGUGUAUGCUCUCUGACUGUGUGUUUGUGUGGUUGUGUGUGCGCACAGUGUCUCCCCUUACAGGUACUGUUAGUAUUUGACCUCUAACCCCUAACCUCUCCCCUUACAGGUACUGUUAGUAUUUGACCUCUAACCCCUAACCUCUCCCCUUACAGGUACUGUUAGAAUUUGACUUCUAACCCCUAACCUCUCCCCUACAGGUACUGUUAGUAUUUGCCAAAGAGGACAGCCAGAAUAAUGGGUUCUGCUGGGCGUGUGAGAAGGCCAACUUCAGGUGUAACGUGGCGAGGACGCCAGAGGUGGCGCUGGAGUGUUUCCUGGAAAAGCACCACGACCUCGUCAUCAUCGACCACAGACAUUCCAGAUACUUUGACGCUGAAGCACUAUGCCGGUACGUUACCUUGUUAUAUCAGUAG